AUGGAGACCUUGAGGUCGCUAUUGGAACUCACAAUCAAUUCGAACCGAUCGCUCAAUUCGUUCAAUCCGUCUGAUAGUGAUAUUCAAUUUGAGUCAAUACUCACCGAAAACCUGAUAAAAAUGAAAUUCUUCGCUCUGUUGGCCGUAGCCAUCGUUGUGUGUGUAGAUGCCGUGCCCUACUUGGGUCACGUCAACACCGGCUCAUCCAAUGUGCAUAGAUCUGACGACGGUCACGGAAACUAUGCCUUCGGAUACGAUGAGCAACACGCUAGCGGUGGUAGCUUCAGAAGGGAAAAGGGAGGACAUGGCGUUCAGGUGGGCUCUUAUGGACUCACAGAUCACGACGGAAGACAACGAAUUGUCAACUAUGUCGCCGACGCUCACGGAUUCCGCGCCGAUAUCAAGACCAAUGAGCCCGGCGUUGACCCCAAAGAAGAUCCCGCAGACGUUUCCAUCAAUGGUGGUCACGGAUACGCACGAGUCUCUCACGGACCCGUCUUGGGAGUAGCUGUCGCUGAGGUCGGUCACGGAGGUAUUGGUCUUGGAGGUCUUGGAGGUAUUGGAUACGGCCAUGGAUUAGGUCCCAUUGGCUCGUACGGUGUCAAGAUCAACCAUGUUGGAUACGCUGAGCCCGCAAAGGUUCUGGCUUAUGGUUACGGAAAAUACUAA